UACAGGGUUUUAGUAGUUAAUGCACAUCAACAACCUUGAGCCUAAGGCUCUCUCUCUCUCUCUUGUCUUCUCAAGUUUAAUCCUACCAAAUUCUUGAAAUUCAUCCAUUUCCACCAUUUACUCUCCUCCUGUUUCCUUCAGCAAAACAACGCAAAGUAGCACUAUCAAAGAGAAGAAAAAGGGGAAACAAGUUUUCUAAGGUUCAGCAAUUCACAUUUAGAAGACUCCAAAACAUUUGCCACUACAAAAGUUGUCAAAAGGUUAGCCCCCAUGAGACUCAUCUGCAUUCCAACCCCAUAGCUCUCCGAAAGACACUUCUUCCCUGCGGUGGAAACCAAAAGCAGUAGCAUUGUUUCUUUUUUUGCAGCAAGAGAAAACAAUGAAGCUAAAUCCCAACACCCAUGUUUCUAGCAUAAUCAGUUUCUCCUUGUUGUUAUGGGCAACACUGUUGGUCAGUGUGAGUUCAGAUCUAGCAUCCGACAGGGCAGCCCUGGUGGCUCUCCGAGCAGCUGUUGGUGGACGCUUACUUUUAUGGAAUCUGUCAAGCACCCCAUGUAAUUGGACCGGUGUCAAGUGCGGACAAAACAGAGUCGUCGAGUUAAGGCUGCCUGGAAUGGGACUGUCAGGUCUCCUUCCCAUUGCCAUUGGCAACUUGACUCAGCUCCAAACGCUUUCACUUCGUUUCAAUGCUCUGUCUGGGCCAAUCCCUUCUGACUUUGCUAAUCUUGCAUCUCUUCGAAACCUCUACUUACAGGGGAAUAGUUUUUCUGGUGAGAUUCCUGGAUUCUUGUUCACUUUACAGAACCUGAUCAGGCUUAAUCUUGCAAACAAUAAUUUCACGGGUACGAUCCCGGAGAGUGUUAAUAAUUUGACUAGGUUGGGUACUUUGUAUUUGGAGAACAAUCAUUUAUCUGGGUCGAUACCAGAUAUUAAUUUGCCUUCACUUGUGCAAUUCAAUGUUUCUUUUAAUCAGUUAAACGGGUCAAUCCCCAAAGGAUUAUCAGGGGAGUCAGAGAGCGCUUUUCAAGGGAAUUCUUUAUGUGGGAAGCCUUUGGUUUCUUGUAACGGGACUGAGAGUAGUAGCAGUAAAUUGUCUGGUGGAGCAAUUGCUGGUAUUGCGGUUGGGUGUGUGGUUGGUGUUUUAUUGAUUUUGAUUCUUUUGAUAUGCUUGUGUAGAAGGAAGAGAGGUAAGAAAACGGAGACAAGGGAUGUUGGGCCUGCAAAACCGGCUGAGGUUGAAAUUCCCCAAGAAAAGGCUGCAGGGGAGGGUGAUAAUAGAAGCAGUGGGUUUUCUGGGGUCGUCAAAAAAGAAGCUAAGAGUAGUGGGACUAAGAAUUUGGUGUUUUUUGGGAAGGCGUCUAGGGUAUUCGAUCUAGAGGAUUUAUUGAGGGCAUCGGCUGAGGUUUUGGGUAAAGGAACAUUUGGAACGGCAUAUAAGGCUACUUUGGAAACGGGGAUGAUUGUUGCAGUGAAGAGGUUGAAGGAUGUGACAGUGUCAGAGAAGGAAUUCAAGGAGAAGAUGGAGGUAGUUGGAGCCAUGGAUCACCAGAACUUGGUCCCAUUAAGGGCCUACUAUUUUAGUGGGGAUGAGAAGCUUCUUGUAUAUGAUUACAUGCCUAUGGGAAGCUUGUCUGCACUUUUGCAUGGUAACAAAGGAGCUGGUAGGACUCCAUUGAAUUGGGACACAAGGUCUGGCAUCGCCCUUGGAGCUGCCAGAGGCAUUGCAUACCUCCAUUCCAAGGGCACAGGAAUCUCCCAUGGAAACAUCAAAUCAUCCAAUAUCCUGCUUACUACAUCUUAUGAAGCUCGUGUAUCUGAUUUUGGUCUUUGUCAUCUUGCUGGCCCUACGUCAACUCCCAACCGUGUUGAUGGCUACCGAGCACCUGAGGUAACAGAUGCUCGUAAAGUAUCCCAAAAAGCCGAUGUCUACAGCUUUGGUAUAUUGCUUCUAGAACUGCUUACAGGGAAGGCACCCACACAUGCCUUACUGAAUGAGGAAGGAGUAGACCUCCCAAGAUGGGUCCAAUCUAUAGUUCGAGAGGAGUGGACUGCUGAGGUGUUUGACCUUGAACUUCUGAGAUAUCAGAAUGUUGAGGAGGAUAUGGUCCAGCUCUUACAGCUUGCCAUCAAUUGCGCUGCUCAAUAUCCCGACAAGCGUCCUUCAAUGGCUGAGAUAACAAGCCAAAUUGAGGAGCUCUGUCGCUCUAGCUCAGAAAAAGAGACUCAUCAAACCCCCGAUGUAGGUGAUGGGUCUUCCCAGCAGGCUUACUCAGUUGAUUCAGGUGCUCCAUCUUCAGUAAAGGACUAAAAAAUCAGCAAUCUUUCAUUGUUUUUUCUUGUUUUUGUUUGUUUUCAUUAUUCUUAGCUAGAGCUUUUAUUGUUGGUUUAUUCUUGGAUUCGUUCUCUUUAAGGAACAGUUGCACUUAUCAUUUUCCUUUUAAUAUUUUCCCCCCCACAUUGCCCAUAUUCAUUACAACAUUUUUCUUAUUUCCCUGUAAUUUUUUUUUUUUUUUGCAAUUUUAUGUUGUAUUUGGAAGGGGGAUAUCAUAUAUCAUUAAUUUUACUCGGUUGUGUGAAGUGUGAAUAACUGUCUAUUUGCUUUUGUUUAAA